UAGGGUGGGAACAAUGUUAUAUACAUUAAUCAAACCAAUUAUUCUUCUUUUUUUAACCACAAACCGCAAUCCACUUAUAUGAAAUCUACUUCAUAUUCUUAAUUGAAAUUGAAAUAAAGUAUAUAAUUUGAUAAAUAUCGUAUAUAAGGAUAAGACUACAUCCAUAUCAGAAAUGAAAUUCAAGCUCUGAUAGUCGAUCGAGUAAUCUGCGCCCAGUAGAGCUUAGCCAAGAGUAGACCGAAAUGGUCUCGCGAAGCCGGUCCCCGUGUGAUGAAGAUCCUUGAUUAGCUUGAUUUCUUGAAAGAUUGGGUUAGUGUUCAGUGUGCCAGGUCAAAGAAAGAAAGAGAGGGGGAAGAAGCGGGGUAGAGGAAUUGGCAAACUCAUCAGGCUCAUGACCUGAAGACUGCAGGUUCGAAUCCUGUCCCCGCCUAAUCAUCUGAGGCCGUAGUCAGCCUCCAGAUUGGAUAUUCCGUUAGUAACUUAGUGAAUGCGCUACAAGAACUUGGCAAAAUAAAAUGAGAAACUAACCUAAUAAAUUUUUUUUCAUUCUACGAAAGAAAGGGUUCCACUUAGAUUGUUGGAAAACAAUCCAUACCGUAGGAUCCAAGAGCUCAGAUAAAUCAACAAACACAACAGCUCAAACCUCAUAGUUCAUCGAUGCUACAGCUAGAGUUAGAGUUAUAGCCGUUGUUUGACUUUAUAUUGUAAUAAGUUGUUGUAGGAGCUGCUCCCGUUGGUCUUGUCUUGCUACGAGGUUGUGUAACAAAUAUCGUAGUAUAGUUGCAGACAAGAAAGUUGCUGUGACGUGAACUGCGCUGUGCUCAUCAAACAAAGUUACGGCUGCUCCGUGCAGAAUUAAAAAAUGCCAUACCCAUGUUUUUCUUGGUAAACCCAACCAGCGAUUUCCGUGAGCAAGAACAAGUCACUCUUCUUUUUAAAGAAAGAUAUUGCGUAUAAAGAUAGAUAGAGAGAGAUAGUAAGUAUCUUAAGCGGCCGAGAAUGUUAUGUAAAAAGGACCAACGAGGAUCCUAAAGGAGAAGGAGGAGGAGUAGGAGGAGUCAGUUUGAAGAUCGAGGAAAAAAUAGGACAAUUAUGCCAUUCGGAAGAAGUCUUCUACAGAAGAAAAGCCUGUUACGAGUAAGUGGAGAGGAAAGAUCUCCAGAGAUUCUUAUCUCAUUCCAUUCCAGUGGCUCAACCAGUAACCAAUGGCGAAAACUCAAAAAUCCAUGGUUUCCCGGUAGAACCCUAUUUCGCCCAAGUAGUUUCUUAACCGGAAAAAAGAAGCGGUUUUUCGCACAGCUUGCUCAUAGUGCAGGUCCCACUUGUAUAUCGUAUUUGGCCGAAGAAGCAUCGGACAGGUUGGAGUUCUUACCUUCUUGGGACUCCAUGGACCAAGAUCUGCUUUUAUUAUAUGGUCAAUACCGAUCUACUUUAGUAGAUCAUAUGGAUGUAGAAAAAGCUUCUAAUUUUGAUGAAUUGGAAACAUCUUUUUUCCAUUUCUAUUUACCCAGUUCAUAUCUUUGUUUCGUGUGUUCCUGGGAGGAAUUCGAUCUCUUAAAUUUCGGAAUACCACCUAAAUAACUGCGGCCAGAGAGUAAAAUAGGUCGGGAAGAAAGAGUCUGAGGUCGGGUCGGACGACAUACAUCUUGGUUGGUCCCACCACCACUAGAGAUUGGACAUAUAUAUAAUCUUUCUUCUAAAAAAGAAGAUAUAAA